AAUUCUACGGACGCCCUGAGGUCCCUGGCUGGGUACUCAAGGAGGUUUUGGCCCUUUCGAAGAUGCUGCCCAGCGAAGUCAGGGUGAUCGAAGAGGGGCUCUUAGACUGCAUGCUCAGUGAUCAACCCGACUAUAAAAACUUUUUGAGUACGGCAGAGCGCGAGUACAGCAAUAUCGGGCCCAUAGUCACCUGUCUGCACUUCAUACUAAGGAAUGCCGUAAAGCAUUCCGUUUCAGAAAAGGAGUUGGAGCAAGAUUUGAUCCACAUUGGCUUCCCGAGAGAACACGCCGAAGAAUUGAGCGGUGCCUAUGCGACCAAUAAGACCAAGCUGUGCUUAAAGCAGUCCGAAAGCAGUCUAAGGUUAAAUACUCUUGAGGCUAUUGAUUGGCGCGUCGACUACAUUUUAGGUUCUUCUUCCCUUCAGGACCUCAACUCGCCAUCUGUACAGCUUCAAUUUCAUAUCAAGAAAAAUACUGGGAGUUCUAGUGAAACAACGGACUCCAGCGUCCUAGAGUUGAGUGCAGAUAAAUUCCGAGUGCUUUUAAGUGAGCUUAAGACAGCGCGUACUCUCAUGGAGGACAUGUGAGGAAAUUACGUGUCCAUCAAAUAUAGAUAAUACAA